AAGAAGAAAAUUCGAAUAAGAACGCUACGUUAUAGUGCCAUGAUUGCAGAGUAAUCACAUUAAAGGAGCAGCACAAGUUUUUGGCUUCAUAUUGAUGAAGUUUCUCAGCAAUGAAAGGAAGUGUGAAACGAAAGGUAGCAACUUCUGGAAGGGUAACAGGUGGCGGAGCCAAGGUACAGCAGGCCAGAAAACGAGCCACAUUUCCAGGACCAGAGGGACCAACAUACUCUUUGUAUUCCACAGAACCUCAUGACCAGAUUGCCAGUCUGCACUCAGGGCUGGAUCGCUGUGCUGAUUUGCUUUCUGGCAUGCUCCAGGUGGACAAGGAAGAGCCCUCGACAAAACCCAGCAAAGCGGUAAACGGUGGUGCUGCCAAACCAAAACCACCCACGGGACUGGGUAAAAAGAGUGGCAAGAAAUUUCCUCCAACGACAGGUAGUUCCCUAAAAGAACACCGUUCGAAACAGGUCCCAAAAGCAAAAUAUCCUCCAGCUUCACAACUGGGAGCGAAGAAGGCGCACCCCCCCGCCCGACAGUCCCACUUGCUUCCAUCACCGAAGGAGUCUCAUCCACUUCGACGGUCUGCCCCUAACCAGCCCUUGAACUCCGUCCUCCUGUCUGUGACCCAGUCUGAGUCUGCGACGCACUCCACCCCCCCUUCAAGCCAACGACCUCACACUCAGACGGCCCACCAGCCAGUUGGCGGCUACCACAGGGCCUCCUUUAAUGCCAAGGAUGUUGAUUCUGUGCCUGUGAAGGACACAGACAUCCAAAGUGAGACACACCAGAGUGUACACAACUCUGACAAAAAGUUUGAUGCUGGUCAGCCUUAUGACACCCAUCUGGACGCACGUAGUGAGGAGAAGGAGGACAUUGGUCCAGGAAAACUAAGGACUGUUCAGUAUCUUCUGGGAGAGCUCAAGACAUUGAUAGCUGGAAAAGGUAGUAUUGCAGAGAAGCUGCUCAGUCAUCUGGAGUUGACAGUGUCCUCACCGCAGUUGAACUCCAAAGGUUCGGACCCUGAGAAAUCUGCAGACCUCCAGGGCCUGCACAACCUGAACGCUCAACUUCACAGACGAGUGGAGUUUCUGAGCAAAGAAUUAAAGGAGAGAACAAGACAACUAAAUACUGAAAGCCUUUGUCAAGUGGUUAGUGUGCCGGAGGAUCUUGCCGCCACUCAAUGCCGACUGCAGGAGCUUCAAGUUGUUCUCGCUGAAGUGCGGAAAUGUCUUCUGGACACGAAGAAACAGCUGCGCGACAGUGAGGCAGAGAAUGCGCUGAUGAAAUCAGAGGUGGAGACCUUGAAAACCAAACUUGUCCAGAGUCAGCAGGAAAAGAACGAACUAGCCAUACUUGCCCAGCAAAGAUUGGAACGAAUAGAAAACCUCAGGCGGACUAUCAGGAGUGGGAGCAUAUUGGAGUUUGACACAGUUGUUGACCUUGCAAUAUCUGAUGCAGCACUCAAGGAGCAAUAUGAUGACCCAAACGGCGCCACCGAACGCAUCACUAAAUACCUGAUGACUCUGGGCCAACCGGAGGCCUCGUACGUCAGUGAUCAUGUACACAUGGCUGCAGAAAGGGAAGAGAAAACGCCAGAUGAAGUGAAAAUGACCCAGCGAGAAACACCGCCAUCUCGUCCAAAUCAUUGUGACCAGACACACAGUGAAGGUUUAGCGGGAGUACAAUUAUCAGAGCAGCAGACGGAAAAAGAGCAUCAGAAAACGUUUGAUUCGUUCCUUUCUGAGGGCAAAGUGGAUACUCUGACACCUGACUGCAGUAUGAGGUCAGUGUCGACCUUUGACACCAGAGAUGAGGCGGCGUUUCGAGAUGGAUUGGCAGCUUUGGAUGCCAGCAUAGCCACUCUGCAGAAAACAAUCAGACGGGAUUUAUCGGGAUGAUUGUACCUCAAUGGCGUGGUUUACAAGCCUGGUUUGAAUUUGUUUUUAUCCGUUUUAACGACAUAAGAUUACCAAUAAAAAUGUGUUUGACUCUGUCUAUGA